UUUUCUCAUUAGAACAGUAGUGAAUACCGUGGAAUCCCGUGUUACCUCAGGUGUAUGGAAAGUGAAAUAGCUGCCUCCUAUAAAUGAGGUGCUGCAGGUCUGCUGCAACACAACACACAAGAGAAAUCAGUAUUUGCUCCUUCCAAAGGCGAAUUCUACCUUCUAAAAAUGCUCAACAGGAUUUUCUCUGUUUGCCUGCUUCUCAGUCUGUACAGUGCAGCCUCCUCCCUCAGCUGCAGAUGGAUGGAUCACAAAUUCAGUCAGCACAGUGAAAAGUCUUUGGAGCUACUAGACAGGAUGGAGAACAAUUCAACUAACACCACUGGGGAUGCUGAAGUGAAGAACACUGCAGCCUUCCCUUAUGAUCUGUACAGCCAGGCGUCCAAAGCAUCAGCUGAGGAGAAACUUGGCUUCACAGUUCAGAUUCUGGAGGAGGCGGCUGCUCUGUUUGAGGAGGAUCACAGCUCUGCAUCAUGGGAGGAGAGGACACUGGAGGACUUUCUCAGUGUUGUAACCCAGCAGGCUGACGGCCUUCGCUCCUGUAUUGGGAGCCACGGCCACAAGAAGAAGAACAAGAAGCUGCACAUGUAUUUCAAGAGACUCUCACGCCACGUCCUAGAGCAAAUGGGCCACGGUGCUGAAGCCUGGGAGCUGGUCAGGAAGGAAAUUAGAGACCAUCUGACGAGAGCCGACCUGCUGGUUUCAUCUCUACUCACCACCAACUAAAAUCUGUCAGAUUAACGUGUUCAUUUAUUUGCUUACACAAAGCUUAUUUAUUUAUCAAUUCAUUUAUUUAUU